AUGUUUUGGAAUAAGGUAUUGGUAAGAAAAUGUAAGAACCGUAAAAAGAUCGUACAGGAUGCUGUGCAUGGGUACAAUCCUUUUAACAAAAUUGCUGGUGGUGGCAAAAAAUCGGCUAUUUCAAAAACAGAGAGCUCCAACAAGAUCCAGGACAGCAUGAAGAGGUGCAUUAAGUCUCAAGCAGGUCUAACAGCACUUGAUCAUUUAAAAUGUUCUUAUAUAUUCUCCAUUUUGGAUAAUCUAAAUAUUAUUUCAGCUCAAGCAAAAUGUGAGGUUGACAUGGUGAAUAAUUUACAAAACAGCUCUCUCUACAAGGAAGAUGAAACAUUCAAGAACUUGAUUGAUUUGUGGGCCCAGGCUGCUAGACAAAUGGAUGUUCAAACAAAUGAGCUUAAUUCCAUUUCUAACAAAGUUGUGGUUGAGCCGAUGAAAAAGUUCAGCACGAUAUUUCCUUCACUGCAAAUGGCCAUGAGGAAAAGAGAGCAAUCAUUGCAGGAGUUCACAAAAUGCCAAGAAAAAGUCGAGAAGUACCUGAAAAGAGAAAGAACUGGGCCCAAUGCUGUAAAAUUGGAAAAUAGUCGUAAAUCUUGCGCUAUUGCUAAGGCAGAGUUUGAUCAUCUGAACAGUUUGCUGAUGGAUGAGGUGCCGAAGCUGUACGAAGGUAGAAUUGCCUACUUUCAACCAUCCUUGCAGGCGCUGGUUAAUGCCCAAACGACGUACUACAACGAGGCAGAGGUCAUUUAUUCCCAACUUUGCAAGCAGUUGAAGGAAGGCUACCGAACAGAUAAAAAAGAAGACGAAGAUGCUGAUGGUGGUUUCAGUCUAGAUCCCGACGAAUUAAAGCUUACAAUUCAACAGAAGCUGUCCGAGAUUCGAUCGUUAUCAAUUGCUGUUGAUGACCAAAUUAAAUGA